AUGGGAAAAUCAAUAGCCGAUUUCCACCGGGAUGUCCGCAUCUUAGGAGCCCUGGAAGACCCUCACAUCGCUCGUGUUUUAGGAGCCUGCUGGGAUGAGCCUUUGGCCGUCGUUUUAGAAUAUUUAGAACUUGGUGAUCUUAGAGCAUUCUUGUUAGCUUCCACUGGUCCAGGAGCAUUAGAAGGACCUCCUGCUCAUUUGGCAUCUGGUCAGGUGUUGACACCACACCAUCUGCUGCAUAUGGCAGCACAAAUCGCUGCUGGGAUGAGAUAUUUGGAGAGCCUCAAUUUUGUGCACAGGGAUUUGGCAACAAGAAAUUGUCUCGUCGGAAGUUACCAGAUCAAAAUCUCUGACUUCGGCACGGACAACGAACUGUAUGCCGGCGACUACUACAAAGUGGACGGAUCAAUGCCCUUACCGAUCAGAUGGAUCGCCUGGGAAUCUGUCUUUUUAGGCCGAUACACAACCAAAAGUGACGUCUGGUCAUUUGCUGUCACACUGUCCGAAAUCCUGAACUUAGCAAGACGACAGCCUUAUGAAGGAUUUACAGAUCCACAAGUCGUGGAGAAUUUGUCCCACAUGGACAGAGAUGAUGGACAAUUCGUGUUCAUUCCGAAACCGAUGAAUGCGAGUAAAGAUAUUUAUGAUUUGAUGUUGGAAUGUUGGCGAAGGAGCGAUUGUGAAAGGCCUAGUUUUAGGGAAAUUCACUUGUUUUUGCAGAGGAUGCUCUUAGGAUUCAGUACACCAGUUUCGUGA